GUCGUCAUUUCAGCAGACGUGUGCUCUGUGCUCCUAGUUCCUAUUUUUAUUCGCGGAGAACCUGACAAAACGGCAACACUGUUCAACAUCCUGCAAAAAACUGAGCAUUUUUUCUAUGUUUAAAUGACACAGCGAACAGGUUAACCGGCAAACAAUCAUGGCUACAAAGACUCCCCAAGCAUCCAGAGGACACAAGGAAAUGACGCCAGUCUAUGUUCUGUUGAUAAGUUUGCUGCCUCUGACAGCCAGCGGAGCCGUCACACCUGAUCCCACUCACCCUUUAACGACAGGUCAGGUAAAAUUCACCCGCAGCCAGACAACACAGGACAUGAGAACACAGGGAAGCGUCUCAGCUCAGACCUUUACACUGUCCAAGAACAUCCCAACGCCAUCAACUCCACAAACACCUUCUGAAAAACCUACAGCAAAUCCACCCACAGCUCAAACAGCGGCAUAUCUGAGCAACUCCUCAUCAUCCCCGAUAAACAAUGCAACUAAAGGAACAAAUUUCACAACAACGUCAACAACCGGAUUCAUAGUCAGUGAAGCAACAAGCACCACAUUCCCAACAGUGAGAUCCACAAGCCCCUCCGAAAGCCAACACACAAACAUGACACCCACCCCUCCGGUCACCUUUCCAUCGACAAACGUAAACCUGAUGACAAGCACGUUAACAAAACCUGCCCAAAACGACUCCACAACUACAUUCCAGGUUAUGAGCAGUGGUACUAAACCAUCUACGAGUUCAUACAAAACUUCCACACCCACUACAAAGAGGCCGUUCAUUCGCACCAAGAAGCCAAAUAAAAAACAAGAUCCUCCAGGGAAAAAACAGGACACAAAGAAUGGUAAAAUUGUAGCAGGCCUCAUAGGAGGAGCCCUGGUGCUGAUGAUGAUAGGAUUCCUGGUCAUUUACAUAAAGAAACGGAAGCUUCAAAAGCAGCAGAUAUCUACCACCAACUGGGCCGGACCUACACCUUUCCUUGAAAGUGGCGCUGACAACAGCCAAGUAACCUUGCGGUCAUCAAACCGGAUUUCAAUCUCUAGCUUCCUGCCUCAGAGACUUUCCAAAAGGCUGUCCUUGCUCCCAGAAGUAGGUGAGGAGAUGGAAGACAUAACUGCAGGUUCUACCUUUGGAGAAAAAUUGAUGAAUCAAACAAAAAGCUCCAAAGACUCUCCAAAGACAGUCGAGACUUCGGUCACUUCUUCCCAAGCUGACAACCCAAUAUUUAUGAAUAAUGAGGCUGCAGAAGACCACCAGGACCAAGAUGAAAGCCCCCAGACUCCAUCUGGAAAGGUGGACGAUCCUCUCGGUGAGCAGAAAGACGAUGGGGAACAACCUUAGAUGAACUUCGAAGCAUUUCCUCAUGCUUGACUUUCACUGGUUACUAGUCAACAAUAACAGUGACAGAAAACACUGGACACUGACUCAUUUGUUAUUACAUAACCACUGCCAUGCAUUUCUCUUUUGAAUAACUCUGACGGAGUAAUUAGGGAGUUUAUGCACUGAUAGUUUUAAGGACAACUAUGGUGAAAGCGAAUUCUUAUGGUUACAAGAAAAAGGGAAGAACUUCAGGUGUGCUUUAUAUCUGUCUAUCUCUCUCUUCAAACCACUGGAGAGAAACUUUGUUUAGCUUCUUAUAAUUACACGACUGUACACUGUCACUGAAAAAAGACCAAAAAAAACAUUGUAAACUCUAAUUUAUGCUAAAUGGAUAAGCCUCACCCAAUGAGGGAGGGUUAUCCAUUUAGCAAAUGACACUUCGACUGGUGAAAAGGAGCCAGGAAUUGAACUGCCAACCUUCUGACUAGGGAGUAACCACAUCCAGCACCUAAACCAAAGCCACACCCAACACAGUACUUCAUGAAUGAACAGGAGUAAUUCACUAGAAAUUAAAUAGGUUUGGAGAUGAUCAUCAUCAUCAUCAUCAUUAUUGUUAUUAUAAUAUGUUCUUAUUUGAACAACACAGUCGAACAGAUUGUCAAUAAAAUCAUGAAGUGUCAUAUGGAUUUUCAAGAACAAAGUUGCUUCACACUAAACAAAUAUCCAAUUCAUUAGUGAAAAACUUUGGACAACAGACCAACUACACAGCAGAAAAUCCAAAAUAAGACAAAAAUAUGACAAGUUUACUAAAUCACAGAAGAAAUCGGUUUUGUUUUUUUUUACAAGAUGCCCAGUGUCAAGGCAAACACAUUUCUGAUUAAACCUUUGGAAGUCAAAUGUUUGUUUGUUUUGUUUUCUUUUAUUUAAAUUAAACUUUUGUUGUAAUAUAAAAUGCCCAGUGUUUCAGCAUUAAAAUGUUGUUUUGCCAUGAGUAAAAUAUCCCACCAGUGCAGCUGUGUCUUUUAUUUCUUCAUAUACUGUGUUGUCACUGAGGUUAGUGCACGAUUUUCUAAUGUUUCCGACUCUUCUGAGGUCAGCA